AAGCAAUAUUAAUGGUUAUUAAUGCUGCCUUCACGUGCUAUCUGAAUUAUCGUAAAUACGAGUUUCCCAUUCGGAAGUUGCACAUGAAUGACCCCUCAAGUAAUUCAAUGACUAUUAAUCUUGAUACCAGAGUUUCUGAGAUGGGAGGAGUCCUAAACUUUCAACAUGGUGGAGGAGAGUAGUUGCUGUAGUGAUUGUCAGGUUUUGUUAAUUUUUCUAAUUACAGCUAAUUGUUAGUGCUUGCUAACACUAUAUUUAUAUAAGCUUGCUGACGAUCAUGGAAUUUUGGUCAAAUAAAAACUACUAUCACAGUGUAAACAUGUGUACAGUUGUUGCUGAUAUAAAUAAAUGAAUUUGACCAAAAUUCCAUUAUCGUCAGCAAGCUUAUUGAAUGAUAUGUAUUAUGAUGUCAAAAUAAAAGUUCCUCAAGAAUUAUGUUUGAAUGAACCUGCUGUCGUCUAUAUUUCCUUUUCUUUCUGACAACAAAGCACAUGAACACGAUAUACCUGUAAUUACCACUUAAGAAGUGGGAAGUAGGAUAAUUCUGAUAGCACAUGAAGGUAGUAUUAUUCCUGUCUUUUAUCUUCUGCUGGAUUCAAUUAGUGUAUCCAAUCCAACUUUUUAUUGCCUUUAUUUACUGUCUGAUUCAGCAUGUGUAUCUCUGUCUCUUAUACUAAUGUUUUUUAAGAUGUGUUGUUACUUGUAAAUUCUCCCAAACAUAGGCCUACAUACACACAGAGAGAGGAUGAGAUGUAAGUGCGUCACAAAAAUAUGGCAGACACAUCUACAAGUGAUGGCCCUGCUACAGGAACAGAUUUUGACAUGAUUAGUGCUCUUGACUGGAAGGACGGCAUAGCCACACUGCCUGGGAGUGAUAUUCGGUUUCGGAUGACCGAAUUUGGCACACUGGAGAUUGUCACAGAGGCGGAACCUAAAGAUAACGGGGCGGAGUCUACAAACCUACAACCUCAAACUGCGGUCACCAACAACAGUCAUUCCCCUGAACAAAACAAACCUUCAAAUAAGACUGCAAUGCCCCAAUCAAAUACAGAUCAUCAGAACAAUACUGUGGUUUCCACUGACCCCAACAGGCAGGCAGAGGGACACAACACAAGGAGCCCCAGCCCGGAGGGAAGCCCAAGCAUGAGCAUAGUGUCUAAUGCAGCAAUUGCUCCUAGCACUGAGGUGGCAAACUGCAGGUCCUGUGGUCGCACUGGUUCACAGGAGUCUUUUCUACAGGGUAAAUUUUGCAGCGCUCCAUGUGUGCAACCUACCAGUGGCAGGUCAACCCCAGCUGAGGCAGUCGAAGGAGAGCGUUUAGGGAAACGUGUGAGAAAGAAGAAGAAGAUGUUUAUGGAUUCUGGAGAUGAAGAGGAGGACAACAUAGAAGAGGAUGAGGAAAAGAUGAAAUCUUCAAAGGGCAGAAGAGCAGCUAAAAUUGCUAGACUAGUGACAGCACCUCCUGCUAAGAAGAAAACAUGGAGUUGGUCAACUUAUCUGGAGGAUGAGAGAGCAAUUUCUGCUCCCUUAAAACUUUUCAAAGAGCACCAGUCAUUUCCGCAGAGCAGGAAUGGAUUUAAAGUUGGCAUGAAGCUGGAGGGAUUGGACCCUUGUCACCCUUCUCUCUUCUGUGUUUUGACUGUUGCAGAGGUGCAAGGUUAUAGGAUUCGGCUUCACUUUGAUGGUUACCCUGAGUGCUAUGACUUCUGGGUAAAUGCUGAUUCAUGGGAUGUGAAGCCGCCGGGCUGGUGUGAGAAAAGUGGCCUUAAGCUAUUGCUGCCAAAAGGCUGCAGAGAUGGCGAGUUUAACUGGAACACAUAUGUAAAGAACUGUAGGGGUCAACUGGCCCCCAAACAUCUCUUCAAAAGUCUUAAUACAUCAGUCACACCUUCAGGAUUUCGUGCUGGGAUGAAACUAGAAGCAAUAGACAGGAAGAACCCAUCACUUAUAUGUGUUGCAACCAUUGCUGCUGCUGUUGACAACCGGCUUCUCAUCCACUUUGACAACUGGGAUGAUACGUAUGAUUACUGGUGUGACGCCAGCAGUCCAUACAUUCACCCUGUAGGGUACUGUGAGGAGGUAGAGUUAACGCUGACCACACCUGCAGAGUAUAAGCACCCAAAGACUUUUUCUUGGGUAAAGUACCUUGAAGAAACAGGAACCCAGGCUGCACCAGCCAGAGCCUUCAAACAGAGACCACCGCAUGGUUUCCAAACCGGCAUGAAGUUGGAGGCGGUAGACAGACGGAAUUCCAUGCUCAUCCGUGUAGCCACGAUCUCUGACACAGAGGACCACAGAAUCAAGAUCCAUUUUGAUGGAUGGAGUGAUGAGUAUGAUUAUUGGCUAGAUGCUGAUAGUCCAGAGCUGCACCCAGUGGGUUGGUGUCAGAAGACAGGUCAUCCUUUACAGCACCCCAAUGGACCCAGAGAUUCUCCAGUCCCACCAGGGCAAGGGUGCCCUACCCUAGGAUGCAACGGUGUUGGACACAUUAGAGGACCUCGCUACGGGACACAUUACACGGUGGUGAGUUGUCCAUACUCAGAUCUGAAUUUGAAUAAGGAUGGGCUGGUGCCAGACAGACUCAGCGGGGAGAGACCAGUCACAAUUAGUGGACCACCACGUCACCGCCGUGCUGAAACACUAACUCAGACAAACCCUACCACACCCAGCACCAGCACCCCAGAACCCCCUGACACCACCACAGACACCUCUCCACAAGCUCGAUCUGGCAUUGCACCAAAAUGUUCUAAACCACCUCAGGUGAAGCAGGAAGGUGACAGGAAAGAUUCUCUGCAGCAGUUGUUACAUGAAUCUGUGUUCUGUGGAUGGGAACCACCAAAGUUUCAACUGUGCUGGGAAAAGCAUGGCAAACUGCUACCUGAAGCCUUAGGCCUCACUGCCAAGAGAGUGGCCAAGUGGAGCACAGAGGAGGUUGCAAGUUUUGUGAGAGGGUUGCCUGGCUGUAGAGAGCAUGCUGCCACCUUCAGGAAGGAGCAAAUUGAUGGCGAGGCCUUCCUGCUUCUUACUCAAUCAGACAUUGUAAAGAUACUGAGCAUCAAGCUUGGCCCCGCUCUCAAAAUCUACAAUUGUAUCCUCAUGCUUAAGAGUGCAGAUGAGGAAUAGACUCACUUCCCAUCAAACUGGACACAGGCAAAGACCUCAUAGCAACCGCUGCUCAUUCAAUUGGUGUGUUUGAAAAUUCUUCAUGCCCCCACCAAUGAAUCCAGUCCUCAUCUUACUAAAAGAGCAUAUUGACAAGACUCCAAUCAUUGGUUGAAUGAUAAUUUGAUUGAUGGAAAAAUCAGCCAGUUGUGCAGACUAUAAGUGAUCAUAAAAAUCACAGAUCUUUAAGGCUGAUUCAGAGUUUUCUAUCUUAUGCUAACUGAAGUAAAUCCUAAAGGACUUUCAAAACAUUUUCACUGCAAUGGUCAUCUCUGCUCAUGCUCUGAACUAGGUGUGCUAAUUUUCUUUGUAAAUAGAUAAUCUGAUUCAUAUUAGACCCUGGGAGGGGAGAAUACACCACACUGAGGCACCUUAAAAUGCUUAAACUGGAUUCUUUCAUUGUUAAUAUUUAUGGUUACUGAAAUGGGUAAUUGCAUUUGGUGUUGGAAUCACGAACAAAAGCCACAAUAGUUGAGCUUUUACUUGAAAUGUAAAAAGUGAUUUAAAAAAAUGUAAAACGACUAUUGUUUGUAAUUGAACACAUGCUGACCUUUAUCCAGAAUAAUCCAAAUUAGCCUGUUUGAGGCCACUAGAGGACAGCGAGAAUAUGUAUGUGUGAGUGUGUGAUUGAGAAUUUUGCAAGCAGAGUGUGUGAGAAAUAAUGUAUAAAUGUGUGCUUGAAUCUAAUGUCUAAUGAAUUUUUGCACAGGGCAAAUCUGGAUUUGAUUGUAUCAGUUUAUUUACUUCAUGAAAUGCAUGUUCUUUAAAAAUGCCUUUGAAAAGUUGUACAUUGAUGUAAGUGUAUAUUGAAUUGAAAUGGAUUUGGGAAUAAAUGUGAGUGUGUGUGUGUGUAUUUAAGCCUCCUGACAUUUUACCUUGUUACAAUCAUACCUGAAAUAAGCACUAGCAUUGUAUUGUUCUGAGUUUUCAGCCUUGUCAGUCACCAAACAAAUGCUUUUUGUUCAUUAACAUUUGCUAUGGGCAUUAUACUUGAUGUUGCCAUUGACGCUGAAAUGUACUGUUCCUGAUUUUACAGCAGCAUCUUACUCGGUCUCCGCAAACCAUUACUUUUUCAUUUACUGGUUUGGAUUUGCAGUGCUUUUCAAUGCUGUUAAAAUACAUACAUUUGUAUGCAGGUUGAUCCAUAUAAAUAUGCUUUCAUGGGGUCACUGGAUACUGGAGAAAAUGUAUGGAAGCUGAUGAUACUUAAAGAUGGUCGUACAAAACUGCCUGCAAUAUUAAAUAAAUAUAGAGUAUGGUCUGCAGACAAUAAUAGGAGGACCUAGGUAUUUUUGCAGGCAACAAUUGACUUAAUAUGCUUGCAUAAUUAAGAUAC